GUCCUCGGCGGGGCGCGCGGCGGGCGGACUCGGCUGCGGACAUGGCCCGGGGCCUGCGCGGCGUCCCGCGGCGCGGCCUCUGGCUGCUCCUGGUGAGCCACCUCUUCAUGGCCACCGCCUGCCAGGACGCCACCUUCAGCACCCUCCUCCACGAGCUCUGCCUCGCCCAGUUCCAGGUGGACAUGGAGGCCGUCGGGAGGCCGCUGUGGUGCGACUGGGGCAAGACCAUCAGGAGCUACGAAGAGCUCUCGGACUGCACCAGGCAUGUGGCGCAAAAGCUGGACUGCUUCUGGCCAAACGCGGCGGUGGACACGUUCUUCCUCACCGUCCACCGGCACUACUUCAGAAACUGCCCCGUCUCAGGCAGGGCCUUGCAGGACCCGCCCAGCAGUGUCCUCUGCCCCUUCAUCGUGGUGCCCAUCCUGGUGACCCUGCUCGUGACGGCACUGGUGGUCUGGAGGAGCAGGCGCCCGGAGGGCAUCGUGUAGGCUGGGGGCGGGGAGGGCUGCCCGAUCAUGGAGGCUGCCCGGCAGGCCAGAGGGUGGGCGUGGGGGCCGAGCCUGGCCAAGGCUUCUGGUACUCCAGCAGCAGAGCAGACCCCUGGUCCCCUCUUCUUCUACCCAAGAAGA